AUGGCUUUGCAGGUGGAGUCCAGCGAAGGCUCCGCCUGGCAACUGCGCAGUGACUACAAGGCACCUGGACAGGUGACCAACGGGUCCUCGCUGCAAGACUUUGAGGAUGGCAUGGAGGUCACAGUGCCUGCGGUGGUGACUUUGAAGAUGGUGAAAGAGAACCUGGUCCGGUGCCCCGGCUGGUGGGACUGGGCAGUUUGUAUGAAAUCGAUAAAAGGACUCGCGCCGGCAGGCGGCGAGAUCCGUCGCGGAGGCGAAGCGAGCAGAACAAGGCCGCCAAGCUCCCCGUGCUGUGGGCCCCGGCAUGCCGGGCAUGCCAGGUCACCCAAGACCUUGGCCCCAGCCGCAUUGGCCCCCGCCGCCAGGGUGGCAUGCACCGUGGCAUGCUCAUGCCAUCAGCGCCCACCAUGGACCGCUGCUGACGCCAUGCCGAAGCUGGUGGCCGCACUGUGUGGCGUGGAGCGAAGGCUCUUGCGAUGGCAGGGCAACUUCGUUUGGGCGUGCGCUCACGCAGCCCCUGGCAUUUUCCUUCGCACAGUGCCCCAUGCAGACACCUGCUUUUCCUUCGGCUCGCUGUACAUCUUCUCUCAAGCAUUAGGCUUGGUCUGGAUGUUUCUGGUGGUGCUUCUAGCCGUGAUGAGUGUCCGCAUAGUGAGUGCUGCCGUUGACUCACCAGAUGGCACUCUACCAGGGUAUGGUGAGCGACCCCUGUGUUCCAUCGCUCUUUGCUACGUUUUCUACAGCGUCUUGCGCUUGCUGUUCCUCUUUGCCCGUACCAUGGCCAUGGCACUGCGCUUAGUCGUGUUGGUGCUGCAAGGUGCGAUCACUCUCCUCAACCCGAUUCAGCAAGUGGUGCCCUCUCGUGAUUUGCAGAGGUCAUCUGCUAGUACUACUGCAGUGUUAGGAACGAGUCCACCUGAACCUUGGACGUCUGCUUGGAGAGUUCAGCUGCUGCAAGCCUCUACACCUGCUGCACUUUGUGAAGUGGAUUUUUCCCCAGUGGAUCAUUUGGCUGCGGCUUUGCGGUCAGCAUCAUCUGAGUGGACUCCACGUGCUCGAGUGACUAGGGCUCUGCGGGCAGGUGUUUCUGCUCGCCAGCGUCUGGACCUGGAAGUGGGUGCUGUAGUGCCAUCUCCUUCGGUUGGCCUUGGCAACAACUACUACGUGGUGCUGCGGGCUGCUCCUUCUCACUCGGCUGGUUGGACUUGCUCUUAUCGAGCUUACCGAUUGCGAGUGCGUGGAGCGGGCUUGGAUCGUUUUCAUCCAGACAGUGUCAGUCACGCUUUCCCAUCGCGUGCUGAAGUUGAGGCGUAUCUCAUUGGGGCCGGUGAGGCGACAGACCCUGGAAAAUUAGCCUCAAUUUUCUUUGCUCCUCCUGCUGCGGAGGGUGCUGCUCCGAUUACUGCGCUGGCCUUUGUGAUCAGAUGUCGUCCAGGCGGCUUCAUGGUUUGCUUGCCUGCCGAAGAGCAGGUGCAGGCUGCUUUGGAUGCGGCGCCUCUGCGGUAUGCUCAGCAAGUGUGCAUGAUCACCAUUGGGGCCAAUCGAGGCCGCAACACUGCCGAGGUCGAGGCCGUUUUGGUAGACUCAGCCUGGGAUGCUUUGGAGGACUUCUCCAAGGUGACUGCUUUGCGAGGCGAGGCUGCAAGGACCUUGGUGAAGUUCAAGCUUGGUGCGUCAGGGGCUGCCCCCAUGCUGGACAGCGUGAUCGCAGCUGCAGAUGCUUGGAUCGCCGAAGCCAUGGCCGAAGAGACGGCCGCCGAGUAUUUCACUGGAGACGAGUUUGCAGACCCCGCGAUCGAUGGGGAGCCUUUGCCAAACGGUGCUGUGGAUGCCGGCGUGGUGGAUCAGCUGCAGAAUCGUGUUUUGGAGUUGGAAGCUCAGUUGGCUGCCGCCGCGGCCCAUCCUCCUCGACAUCCUACACCUGGGACUCUUGGCGGAGGUUUGCUGUCCGGAGCUCCGAGGGCUUCAGCGGCUGCUCCCACCGUUUUGGAUCGUAUGCGCGCGCUUGCUGGAACGGGGCCUCCCAAGACUGCUGCUCACGAGCGGGCCCUGGCCUCGUCACAUGCCCUACCUCAAGUCGGAGCUCUUCAAGAGGAGCAGCUCGAGGUUGUCGAGGACGACGAUAUGGAGCAGGCGCUCGAAGAGGCCAUGGCGGCGUCCACGGACCCGGUCCACAAACUGCUAGCUCUGCAGAUGCGGCAAGUACAACUGUUGACAAAGCAGUUGCAAGCCAAGCAGAGCAGCGACCCCAUCCAGUCCCUUCUGAGCGGAAGCGACGGGGGAAGUUCGGGUGGCGGAGGGACCAGUAUAAAGGGCUGUUUAGCUCGAGAGGCCUAUGUGAAGAUUUCGGCAGAUCUGGUGAAGCUGGCUUCGGUGGGAGAGCAGAACGCAGCGCUGGAUCUUGGGUUGCAAACUGCGCAGGUGACUCCCGGUCUUCUUCAAGAUUAUCUGGAGCGCAGAAUCCCAUUAGGGGAUCACAGACUGCUGACUCAGUUUGGCUAUAUCAUGAGCCAUGCCUUCGAAGCGGGAGCUCGCAGCGGCAAUCGCGAGCUGCAAGGUUUUGCAGUAAAAGGGAUGAUGUUUGUGGAACAGGCAAGCCUGGAUGGAGGGAAGACUGGUCUAGCAUGGUUACUUCUGGGCAUUCCAGAGCCAAACUAUGCCGUGGUGGCGCGCAAUCGAGUGCGCACUUCUCUGCAACCAUGGACCCGUUUGGCGAGCCCGAGCUGGGUGGCAGCCAAUGUCUCCUAUCUGAAGGACAUGGAUGUGAUGGAGAGCAGGAUUCUUCAAACUGGCAAGACAAAAGACUUCAAAGAUGUGAAGCCCCAGGACGGCGAGCCAAAGGGGAAUCCCAAUGCAAAGAAGAAAGCAAAAGGCAAGGGCAAGGGCGAGCCCGCCCAGCCCACAGGAGGUGCAAAGGCAGAAGUGGCAAGCAGUUUGAAGCCUUGCCACGAUGACUCGCCGACAAUUACUGGUGAGCGGCUGCCUGAGGAAAUUAGAUGCAGUGCAAUUGUAGACUUCGUCAUAGCCUCGGUUGUUCAGUGUCAUGCUGGUUUUCCGGAGUUUUUGCGACGAAGUCUGACACGCCGUGUGUGCAGCAUUGAUGCCUGCAGUGCUGAUCUUUGGCCAUGUCCCCCACCAGCCUGGCGAUGGACUGGCUCUGCUCAUUUGUCGCCAACGCGGAGACGCAGACGGAGAUGGCUUCAGGCAAGAGCGAAAGCUUUACAAACCAUUGUGGUUGCCCUGAAUUGGUUGUCUCUAGGUCACUGCAAAAGUCCCCCAAGCCAUGCUAGGUUAGGCUCCCCUAUUUCUCCUCAGCAAUUUGUCAUGUUGGAACAGAUAGAGGGCCUGGUCAGUCAUUUCCUUGCUGCUCCCGAUGUUGGUAGAGCCGAGCUUGGGCGGGCUGGUGAUAAGUUAGCAAAAAUUUGUAGUGCAGCAAUUCAACUUCCAACUGUGUCUUUUGAUGAUGUUGAUGUUGGCAGUUUUUUAAGUGACAUUCAGCACACCUUGGAUCCGUAUGGGCAGCCAAAGCGUAGUGAGAUUCCAGCAGCUUUUCCACAGCAGAGCUCUUUUGCGUCUUCCUCUCCCAGUCCCGACGAGGAGAGCAGCUCACUUGGCCAGCAGGUCUUUUUGGAUAUAAGUCCAGCCAAGCCGGUGUUGGCGGAUCGUAUAAAAUGGAAGUUGGGGCCUUCUUUUGAUCCUACUCCUUUUUUGUCAGAUCCAGUUGUCAAGAAAGCUUUCCAAGAUCCCAACGUACUGAGACGGCCUGCAGCCAGUUGGCCCGUGCGGAGGCGGGCCAAAGUGCAUUGCUCUCGACAGGAGCUUGUCCGAUUGGCUACAAAAUGGGAUGCUUUGGGCGCUUGCAGAUUGAUCCCUACUUCUUUGAUUGACCCCUCUGAAAGCGUGGGGCUAUUUGCAGUCAGCAAGGACGAGGAGUAUGAUCGGCUUAUUAUUAAUCCCACUGUUAUUAAUUCCCGGUGUUUUGGGUGUAACUCAUUUACUAAGACUCUGGCACCAGGGCAUUUGGCAGGGGCUAUACGUUUACGGGAUGAUGAGAAGCUGGUUAUUUCCUCUGACGACCUUUGCGAGUUUUACUAUACAUUUGUUGUAUCUGAGCAGCGUGCAGCUCGCAAUGCAAUUGGAGUGGUUUUCAAGGGGAAGGAGUUGAACCAUUUGAGUUGCUACUCUUCUGAACUUGCUGAUACCUCUGUUUACAUAUGUCUGGCUACGUUAGCAAUGGGAGAUUCUUUGGCGGUUGAGAUUGCACAACAAAGUCAUUUUAACCUGUUGCGGGAAAAAGCUGGGAGCAUGUUAUCUCAUGAGGUACUACAGUAUCGCAAGACCAUACCACGAGGCCCUUUUUAUGAACUUCUUACCAUUGAUGAUCAUAUUGGUUUACAAAAGGUGCCCCGAUGGCCGACCAGUGAGUUGAUUGACACACAGCGGGACAUUGAAGUUUUUGCGGCAGCGGAACGUGCUUACCAAGAUGUUAAGUUAGUGGCUCAUCCUGGGAAAAAACAAAGAAGGGUGGCAUCAGCUACAGUUCUUGGUGCUGAGAUUGACGGUACCGAGGGCAAAAUUUGUGCACCCCGCAGCCGUAUUGCUUUAUUGAUGUUUACAACCAUGCUGAUUGUCAAGAAGAAGGUUGUUACCAGACGCAUUUUACAGAGCCUGUUAGGAUGCUGGAUUCAUGCAUGUCUUUUCAGACGACCUAUGUUUGCUGUCAUGGAUUGCAUUUUUUCUGAAGGGAUUCUUUUACCACCUGAUUCCACCUUCCAGUUGAGCGCCAUGGCUGUUAAUGAACUCAUGCUGCUGCUUGUGUUGGCCCCCCUUUUGCAAACUGACAUGCGUGCAAAUGUGGGUGAGACCAUUUACAUGUUGGACGCUAGUCCCACUGGCGGAGCUAUCUGUCAUGCGAAAUUGGGUGUAGAAGCUUGCGAGGAGCUUUGGCGCCAUUCUGAACAGCGAGGUUACUACACUACGCUGCAGCAUGGCAGCGGACUGGUACUUAGAGAGCUUGGGUUGGAGCAUGAGGAACUGUUUGGCCCUGAGGUCCCGUUCUCUGAGCCGCCGGACCCAGGGGUUGUUUCUCAGGCUUGCGAGCCUCUGUCUGGCAGUUAUGAAUUUGACUGCAUUGAGCUUUUUUCUGGUCAAGGAAACUGGAGUGCUGCCCACUCCAGAGUGGGGUUGAGGGUGCACCCUGGUUUUGAGCGGUCUGCUGUGACCAUAGCAUAUGGUGACUUGGCCGAUGAUGCUACCUUUAGGGAACUAGCAGGAAUGGCCGAUGCAGGCGUUGUGAAGGAAUGGCAUGCUGCUCCUCCUUGUUGGAGUUUUGGAACGCUGCGGCGCCCUCGGCUCCGCAGCAAGCUUUGUCCUGCUGGGUAUGAUAUGGCUGAUUUCCUUACCCGUGAGCAGACGCUGUUGGCAGUGCGGACUGCUUUCAUUUUGAUUUUGGCAGUGCGCAGUGGAUGUUUCAUUUCAGUGGAGCAGCCGGGCUCUUCCGUGAUGUUUUACCUGCACAUUUAUCAGGUGUUGCUGUCUAUGGGCUGUAGGGUGACAAAGUUUUGUUUUUGCAGCUGGGGAAGUGGAUUUAUGAAGCCAUCAAAAUGGUUGCACAACAAGCCCUGGCUGGAUGAGCUUGCAGGUCAAUGCAACUGCCAGUUCAGGGCAAAGCACUUUGUGGUCCAAGGCUCUUUCACUCGAGCUUCAGUGCGUGAGUUUGACAGGCGGUGUGUGCCUGGUGCUGAGGAAGUGUAUGGGCGCAUGCCAGAAGUUGGCGAAGCAGUUAGUCGGUUCUCUGCGUCCUAUCCCAUUCCUUUGUGUGAUAGGAUGGCAGCUGGCAGCAAACUGGCUCACGAAGGACUCUGGCCUGACAGGGCGCCAGCAGAAAACAUGGCAGGGAGCACUGAUGUGCGCAGUUGGCAUGAUGACCCAGACUGGGUGCAGGAAUUAUGCGAGGGUGUGCAAUACCGGGAGCUGUUCCGGUACAAGUUCAAAAGGUCUGGCCACAUCAAUACGCUGGAGUGCCGGGUUUACAAGUCAUGGCUGAAACAUUGUGCAAAACGGCAUCCCCGCUCACGUGUGGUGGGCUUGCUGGAUAGCCGGGUAACUAUGGGGGCUGCGGCUAAGGGCCGCUCCAGUUCCAAGGCGCUGAGCCGCAUUUUGCGGACUUCUUUGGGGUAUGUGCUGGGCGGCUGUCUGUACCCUGGCUGCAUUCACUGCCGGUCUCCUUGGAACAAAGCCGAUGCUCCUUCACGAGAUAGAGCAGUGGAGCAACAGACCCGUAGAUUUCCUCUCUGGUUGCAGGAGCUGCAGCAAGGAGAUGCAAGGCGUUUUGACAUUAUGGUUUCAAGCAGUUUUUGGCGGAGACCUCUGGGGCGUUGGGUGCGUUUAUUACUCCUUUUAGCGGGUGACAUUGAGCGGAACCCUGGUCCUAACCUUCCACAAGGUGCAUAUUUUCCCAGGGGUGAGCUGAACAUGUCUGUCGGGUUUUCACAGGCGACUGUGCAGCGGAUGUCACGCUGCCUGGAGGCUUUCGAAGCCUGGACGAAGGACAAACUGGGGUUGACUUUGAAUGAGGCAAUGGCCACCGCGGAGAUGGCCGAUCUUGCUCUGCGUGGCUAUGGUCGUUUCUGUUUUUCUGAGGGUAGACCUCGCUACUGGUUGGUCUAUGCGAUUACUGGCGUGGUGCACCAGUAUCCUGGUUAUAGGAAUUUGCUACAUGGAGCUUGGCAGAUUGAUCGAAAGUGGCAGCUGGAAGAACCUGGCCAAUGCCGCGCUGUACUUUCUGCGCCCCUUGUCAGAGCCAUCAUCGCUGUUGCAUUGCUCUGGGAAUGGCGCUCCUUUGCUAGCAUAGUUGCUUUAGGUUUUGCCGGGAUGCUUCACCCAAAUGAGUUUGUCCAUUUAGUCCGUAGUGAUCUUGUGUUUCCCCAAGAUACUUUAGAGCUUCGUGAAUGCAUGUAUGUUCAUAUUCGAAACCCAAAAACUGCUCGGUUUGCUCGGCGCCAACACGUGCGUAUUGACGAUAUCACUGUCAUUAGUUUGGUUCAGCGAGUAUUUGGACACCUGCAGAUGCAAAGUCGAUUGUUUGAUGCCUCCAUGGCAGUGUUCCGGCGGCAAUGGAAUUCUGUCCUGGAUCUUUUAGAAGUGCCUCGACGCCAAGCUUUGCGUGGUGCUACCCCUGGGACCCUGCGGGGCUCUGGUGCCACGCAUUUGUACCUGUCUGACAUGGAUUUGAGUAAAAUUGCUUGGAAGGGUCGUUGGUCAAAGUUGAGAACUCUGGAGUACUACAUCCAGGAGGUUGGAGCCCAGCUCUUUUUGCAUCAGCUUCCAGUGUCUGCAAAGUACCGAAUUACUGAACUGAGUGCUAACAUUGAUGUGAUCGCCAAAAUUGGGCCAGUGCUGUGGCAAUGGCCACUGGAGGGCAACUUAGAAAAGAGGCGUUCCAUGUGGACGGUGGCCUGGGAGUUGUACCACGACUUCCCAACCCUGCGUCGGAUGCUGCUGGGUGCCACUCGCAUCCACGAGGGCUCUCGGGCAUCGCCUCGGGGCGACAAGCGACCGUCGCCAUCGCCACGUGGGAAGGGAACUAAAGAGGCCCUGAACGACCCCGCGACACAAGCCCGAAGAAAAGCGCGCCGGCGCAUCGUACUGAUUGCGCCUUUGGUGGUCCUGGCGCUGGGGCAUUUGACGCUUCUGCUGGGGCAAAGCUACUGCAACGUGAUGGCAGGGAUGGAGCCUCAGGGUCACCUGAACAGAACUGUGCGCUUUGUGCUCUUCGUGGCGCUGAUCCAAUGGUUUCAGGCCUUCACCGGACUCUUCACCAAUUUCGCCCAUGCCAUUGCCCAAGGCAAAGGCGUUGUGCCUCGCAUGGUCUCGAUGACUUUGCUGUGUCUUCUGAUGCCCAUCUCCACCUGGCGGCUCUUCAGUUGGCUGCUGCAGCCGGCGGGCAGUGGGGUGGUGCGCAGAACUUUGGGAGGUCUGCCGCACCACGUGGCAGACACCGCUCUGGUGACUGCUUGGAGUUGGUGGUCUUUGUUAGCUGUGACCGCGGUGCAGCGCCCGCAGCUGCUAGGGCUGUCGGGCUUCACCCUGCGCAGCGUCAGCCUGGAUUCGCGAUGGCGGAACCUCACCAGUCUCUUCAAAUACACGCUCUUCUUUUGGAUGGCUGUUCAUUUUCUGCGCGGCUGUGUGGCGCAUGGCUUCGCCUCUGCCCAAACAGACUUGAUCACCAUCAGCUUUGUCUAUCCCAUGUUACUUUGCUUCGUUUGGACAGCCACCUUCAUUGCUGUCUCCCUGUCAGGGAUCUUUCAGGGUGUCCUACCCUGGUUGGGAGCUGCCAUUGCUCUGCCGGGCAUCUUUCUGCUGUCGAAGCUGCUGUGCAGCUGGGUGGGACGAGAUCAGCAUGUGCUGCUCACCUUUCUGGUCUGGCUACACCUGCUGCGCGCGGGGUUCCGCAUGGCACGCUAUGUGGGGCUUUGGUUUAAGAGCUCUGUCUCGGGCCCCAGUGAGGAAUCCACUCCUCCCAUCGAGAUUAAGUUCGCUGUGAAUCCUGAUAGCCACAAAGUGCUGAAGACGACCUACACAGUUGAGCGAAGGUUGGGAAGAAUAGCUGCCAGGGUGCUGCUACUCAUUUGCGGCACCUUUUUAGUGAUUUUGACCAGCUGUGUCCUGUUGGCUGGUCUUCAACAGCGUAGUGGACUCUUCUUGGAGGAUCUGGUUUGGUGGCAGGAACCCGAUGAGAAGACCAUCCAAGUGACCAAUGCAGGCGCAUCAGUCAUGAGCUUGGCAAGGAGGGGAGCCACUGCUGGAGAUGACACAGAUGUGUUCACCCACGUACUGGAGCGGAACACCACAGGGCACUAUGCCGUGUGCGGUCAUACCUGGCAUAGCUUGCAGUUGGUGGACUAUGCUCUGCUGUCACUACUGGCUUACAUCACUCCCAACGAGAAGAACGACGUGCCGGGCUUGCUGAAGAAACUGUUCCCCCAUUUAGAGGUGUCCAUUCGACACUUGCCUUCCCAGCAACACAGGCGUUGGUUGGAGUUCGAGGUGAAGCGCUGUCACAGUGAAGGGCUUUGGACGGGAUGGCAGGAGGGUCAAUGCAAAAGUCUUUCAGUUGUCAGUGUUAGCGGCACAGAUAUCAGUCGCAUUGCCGACUACGCCGAGAACCUUCGUAUGUGGACGGAACCAGUGGCUUUGCAGAUUUUGCAAACAAUGUUUCCCACCAUUCGCAUCUGGCCCCGUGACUCCUCCUCCAUGGUCAUCCGCACCAUCCACGACAUCCUCAGUUCGGCACCGAGUAGUGGGAAAACUGGUUGGGGGCACUGCCGGAGAAUAUGUGGAAUAUAUAUAUAUAUAUAA